AUAUACACAUAACAAAUAUAUACACACAUAUAUAUACAUAUAUAAUAUUUAAAUAUUUAUAUAUGCAAACACAAUUGUUUCACAAAUGAAAUUAUUUACCAAAAGGAAAGAAAAUAAUCACAAAAAUAAAGCUGCCAAAGAAAUUGAAGAAUCAAAUAUUCAAAAUAUAUAUAAGCAAACAAAAACAAGGAAUCUACAUUAAUUGAAAGGAAAUUAAGGCAGUAAAAAUAUAAUGAAUACUAAUAGUAAUAUAAUGAAUAAUAAUAAUGAUAUUAAUAAUGAUGAAGAAAACACUAAUAAUCUGUAAUCUACACCAUGGAUACUUUCGGUUAUCAAGUAGAAAGGAGUAAAUGAAGAAUUUGUUUCUACUGUAUGGAGUAGACUACAAUCUACGAGGAAUGAACACCCAGUCUUGGAGGGAAUAACAUCAGUUGUUGGUUGUUCUUUUGUUAUUAAUCUCCUGGACCAAAAUUUGGGUGUAAUGUACCCACCGGUGAAACAUCAGUACUGCAUUUUGUGAUCUCCUUGUAUUGCUUUGCAGAUUCAAAUGAUAUUUUCAACUUUGCAAUGUAUUUCGAUGAUGGUUCUGUUUGUGUUGGUUUAACUCUAACCUACUGCCAGACAACUUCACUGCUGCUCUUGCUGCUGCUGCUGCUGCCGGUCAGAGAAUUUACUCUGGACUAAUGAACAUGGGGCAGAAAGUGUCGGGUGGCCUAAAGACUAUAUCAAGAGAGCCAACAUAUAAAGUUCUGAACAAGGAACAGGCUUAUAAUCCAGAUUUUCAGAAGCCAAGUCGCCUGGACAUGUUGCUGGACAUGCCACCUGUACCAUUCGAAGUUCAAAUUUCUCAUGCUUGGAACGCGGACGAUAGAUCAUUAAACAUAUUCGUUAAGGAUGACGACAAAACUACAUUUCAUAGACAUCCUGUUGCUCAGAGUACAGACUGUAUCCGUGGGAAAGUUGGAUAUUCACGUGGCUUGCACGUCUGGGAAAUUGUUUGGAGUACACAACAGCGGGGAACACAUGCAGUUGUAGGUGUAGCGACACUAGAUGCACCGCUGCACUGUGUGGGAUACCAAUCUUUAGUCGGAAGUAACCAUGAGUCAUGGGGAUGGGACCUAGGACGCAACAAACUUUAUCAUGAUGUAAAGAAUAACCCUGGAGUGUCUUACCCUAAAUUGCCAAACUCCGAGGAAAAUUUCUAUGUACCGGACAAUUUUCUUGUUGUUUUAGACAUGGAUGAAGGUACAUUAAGCUUUGUUGUGGAUGGACAGUACCUAGGGGUGGCAUUCCGUGGCUUAAAAGGAAAGAAACUUUUUCCAAUUGUUAGUGCUGUAUGGGGACAUUGUGAAAUAACUAUACGCUACAUUGGAGGACUGGAUCCUGAGCCUUUACCUCUUAUGGAUAUCUGUCGACGGGUUAUUCGUCAACAACUCAACAAGAACAGACUGCAUGAAAUCCACAAGCUUCCACUUCCUCGAUCAUUGAAAAGUUAUCUACUUUAUCAGUCCUAGCUGAUUAUGGCUGGAAUACGGCUCUCACAGACGAUGUCAGCGAUGACGAUGACAACAGUGGCGUUAUCGUCAUCCUCCUCCUCCUUCUCCUCCUCGGAACUUAUCUCAUGUUCAUAUGUACAGCAUCAAAGUCUGGCUUUAAGCAUAUAGCCUAAAAUUAUCGCUCAACCUUGACAUCGGAAUCCAAUAAAAAACAAAUAAAACAAACAAAACAAAACAAAACUAUACAGCAUCUAUGUCCCAUUGAAGAAAAAGUCAGACAAAAACAAAAUGUUACCUUUUGUACCGAAAAUGCAUUUGGUAGCUUGGAUAUGUCUGGAGAGGUGCCAGAGAUUCAGUCCUCCUAGAACUUGGCUGGUUGUCUUUUUUUUUAAUUAAAAAUUUUUUUUUUUUUUUCGAUUUUUAUUUAAGGGUUAUUUGAUAAGAGCAGUCUAUUUUGAUAAGAGGAAACAGAUGAAAAAAACAAAAAAGAUUCCUAUCUCUUGGGGAUGAUCUGGGAAUCUGUCCAGUGUUGUUUUGGAAUGACAAAAUUUUAAAAAAACCCUCCCCCUCACCAUACCAUCUAAUAGUGAAAAUGCAAUGACAUUUUGAAAUGUGAAUGUCUCUUUGAAGAAAAAAGUAAAAGAUAAAAGAAAGAAAAACAAAAUUGGUUCAAUGUGUCUCGACUCUUCUCUCACUGUUUUUCAGUCACACACACACACACACACACACACACACACACACACACACACACACAGUUCAUACAUUGGAACGAUAUAUUGCAUUGUUACAUAUGCAUGCAUGUAUGUAUGUAUGUAUGCAUGCAUGCAUGUAUGUAUGUAUGUAUGUAUAGGUAUCUGUAUAUGUGUAGGUAUGUAUGUGUAUAUAUAUAUAUAUGUAUAUAUCUGUGUGUGUGUAUGUAUGUAUGUGUGUGUGUGUGUAUGUAUGUAUGUAUGUAUGUAUAUAUAUAUAUAUAUAAUGUCCUGCAGACAUCUACAGAAGCAGUACAUGGACACAUCAUCAGCUUUUAUAUCGUGGAGUUCCUGGGAGUUUUGGUCUUACAGCAUAAACCCUCAUUCAGACAAGGGUGUUACACACACACACACACACACACACACAUGACCUUUUAAAUAUUUUCCUGUAUAGAAAGUAUUAAAGAGUAUGUUAAUCAAGAAAUACUUAUAUAUAUUAUAUAUAUAUAUUUCUUAAGCUGGAACAGUCUGGGAGAGAUGUGUGAAGAAGAGCAAGUCAAAAGAAAACAAACAAAUAAACAAAAUAGAACGAGAGGGGAAUUUUCUUUUGUGUAUUAUCUUUUCUUUUUCUCUGUAAAGACACUGUGGCCAUUUAAUUAGGUAAAUCCUUGCUACAGUCUGAAGCCAAUGUUUUAAUGCUGCCUUCUUUUUUUUUUAUUUGCCAUCUAUCUCACCACCAUUCCAUAGUGUGUCUUUUAUGGUAUUGCCCUAGUAGUUGCUCACUCUUAUGACCGAUCCAAAGUGCAUUUAUAGGGUUUGUGUCUUUUUACUUCUUUUUUUUUUUUUUUUCAGAGGGGGAAAAGAACUGCAAUAAAGUCAAAUCUAUUGCUUAGUUAUCCUUUUUUUUAAAAUUUUAUUUAAUUGUUUGUUGAUUUUUUUUUUUUUUUUUUUUUUUUUUUUUUUUUUGUUUUUUUUUUGCCAUUAUAAAGUCAAAUUUCAUCAUCUGGGAAUGUCAAAAGUAUGUGUGAAUGCAUAAGUGUGUACAGAUUAUCUAUGGACAUUGCAUUAUGAAUUCUUGCUGAAAAGUUUCAUAAAAUUCUUAAGCAAAAUUGUUGCAUUCCUUAAAAUGUCUUCUCUUUCUCUCAAUAUAUAUGUGUAUAUAUGUAAGUAUAUAUGCGCGUGUGACACAUAUACUGCAUUUGAAGCUAUCAGUGUUAGCUCAUCAGUUUUGGUAUUUUUAUCUGUUUUACAUCUCUUCUAUCACCUGCCUCCAUCUUUAUUAUUAUUAUCAUUAUUAUUGUUAGCACACUGGGUGAAAUGCUUAGCGGUAUUUCGUCCAUCUUCACAUUCUCAGUUGAAAUUCCUCUGAGGUUGACUUUGCCUUUCAUCCUUUCAGAAUUGUUAAAAUAAGGUAUCAGUCAAGAACUGGGGUUGAUGCAGUUAACCUACCCCUUCCCUAAAAUUGCUGGCCUUUUGCGAAGCUUUAACAUCUUUUAAAGCAGCAUGCUAGUGGAAUCAUUAGUACACCAAAUGAAAUGUUUAGCAACAUUUCUUCUGAGUUUAAAUGCCAUUAAGGUUGACUUUGCCUUUCAUUCUUUUUGGAUCAAUGAAAUAAGUACAAGUUGAGCACUGGGGUUGAUGUACUUGAUUAGUCCCUCCCCACACAUUUCAGGCCUUGAACUUAUAGAAGAGAGAAUUAAUAUUAUUUCUAUUCAUCUAAAACUGUCUUAUCUGUUGCUGAAUUAUUUAUGUUUAAGUUUAUGUUCAAAUUAAGUCCUAAUUUAUUGCUUUUUCUAUCUUAAAUUCUAUUUUAAAUUAUCGAUGUUCAUCCUGUAAGAAUGUCCAUUGUCCAUUUUCCAAACUAUUUUGAAAAUAUUUUGUUAAACUUCUCAAAAUGUUUUUGCUUGUAUUAUGUUGGUUUUUAAAAACUGAAACGCAAUGUGUAUUUCAAUUUUUAAAAAAAAUAUUUUAUACGAUGUUGUUUUCAUUGUUGUGGCAGUCAUUUUAAAGUUUUUUUUGCUCCCCCUCAACGCUAUCAUUCUUUUCUUUUAUAUCUUAAUUUUCUGAUAUUUGUCAAGUUUUGGUAUUAACUAUCCUCGGUUUGGGAGGUUAAGAAGAAACUAAAGGGAAAGGGUUCGUAUCUUUGUGUUUUAAAAAUAUUUUUUUAACAAGAAAUGUCUUUAUUGAUAUUGAAAUAAUAUCAAAACACUCAGAAAUGUAUAAUAUUAUUUCCUUUGUGUGUAUCGUUUACUGGAAUCAAUAAUAAUUGUUAGGAGGACCAAGGAGACUCUAGGAUAGCACCCACUCACCCCACUUUACCCUGCAACCCAGAGUUUUUUUGCUUUUUUUGUUUUUGUUUUCCCAUUCUUAACCUUUUAAUUUUCAUUUUUACAUUGUUUCAUUAAUAUGUGUUUUAUGUUUGGAAUUUAAAAGCAAUUUUCUUUUUUUUCUUUCCUUUUAAUUAUAAUUUUUGAUAAGAUAUUGAAUUUCAUUGAUGGUGACAAAUCUAAUAGUAUGUGUGUUAUUGCAUGUGUCUCUGUGUGUAUUAAUACUUCUACAACUGCAGCUAAACAAAACCCUUCAGUUUCUUGAAUAUUUCUCAAUCAUAGAGGAUGCAUUCACAUUUCAAAAAAAAAAAAAAAGAAAAGAAAAAGAAAAA